AUGGAGCAGAGCAAAAGUAGAAUUAUCCAAAUCUCCUUGCUAGCUUCCGCCACGGAGGAUGAAAUCGCCGUCGCCCAAGUCCUGCUCGAUCUCAAAACGCUUCUCUCGUUAACCGAAUCCCUGGCGAAUUUCAGUUGGGGUCGCCGGAGGAGGAGAUCUUGCCUGGACGAGAAUCCGUCGCUGGGACUCGAAAUCAAGGAGAAGAGGCCGCGAAUCGAGGCGGCGGUGGGGAAGAGCAUCGGCGGCGGCAGCGGCAGCGGCAGCCCCACCACGCCGCUGUCUUUCUCCCCGAGUGAGUCCGACGAUAAAUCCAAGUGCAGAGGAACUCCGAAGAAAAGGCUCUUAUCUGUAUUCCCCUGUUUGGAUUGUGUUUUAUCCCCAAUUUACUAA